AUGUUUUAUUUGAAUACUAAGUUAAAUAUAACAAACUGUGGUAAUAAUGAGAAUAAGUUGGAUCAAUCUUACAUGAAUAUAAGAAAAGUAAAUUCAGAAAAUGCUCGAUAUAAUUUGGAUAAAACAAUAUAUACAAAAAUGAAUAAUAAUUAUAUAACGAAUGAAGACAGAAAUAAUGUAGUAUUAAAUAAGUGUUUAAAAAAUGCGCAUUUAUUGAAUAACAUAAAUGGGAUAAAUGAAGAAAAAAAUGUGACUUAUGGAAUAAAAGGUAAAUUACCUACCUUAUAUGCAAGAACAAGUAGUCCAAUUAAAGUUAAUAGAAUAUAUCCAAUGUAUAAAAAUAACAAUGUUUAUUAUUAUAAAGAUAAUAUUCCAUUUAAAAAAAGAAUGUGUAAUAGUGUAGAAAUUGGUACAUUAAAUUAUAUAAAUACAGAAAAUGAGGAUUUACAAAAUAAUAAAAUAAAUAACAGUUUUAUAAAAUUUCCAAAUAAUUUAAAAUUAAAUAGCUGUUUUAAUGACGGAAAAAAAAAAAUUAUUGAAAAAAUGCAAGAGCAAGACUAUGUCCCCCAAAAAAAUCAAUGUGCAGCAAAUUUAAAAAGGAGUAUGAAUAUUUAUACAGUUAUAAAUAAUGGAGACAUAAAUAACAAUAAUAAAAAAAAUACAAAUUAUUAUUACAACAAUAAUAAUAAUAAUUACAUUUGUAAAAAUAUACCAGAAUUAUACUCAAAAAAAAAAACUAAUGUAAACACAAAAAAGACAAUGAAAAAUUGUUUUGAAAUUGUUAAAAGCAAAUAUGAUGAAAUGCAUAAUAAAAAUAUAAUUGGUGAAAAAAAUAAAUAUAUACCUUCUCAUAAUUAUAAUAUAUCUCUAAUUAAUGGCGCCAAAGUUUGUGCAAAUAAUAUAGAGAGAAAUAAGAUUAAACAUUGUAAUAGUAUGGUAUUAAAUAAUUCUAUAAAAAAUGAUACACAAAAUGUAAAUUUAUGGAGGGAAGAGUCAAUUGAUGUACCUAAUGCAAAAAUUAAAUCACACACACUAACCAAAUUCCCAAUAGGCUCAAGUAUAUAUCAUAAAACUCGGAUCCCUAAUAUAAGACAAUGUGGAAGUAUAUCUCAAUCUGAAAAUCAUGAGAAGUUGGUUCAAUUAAAAGCUGUUAAUUCCUUUAAUAUACAGGAAAAUAAGAAAAAUAAUAAUAGUGUAUUAGUUAACGGUAAUAAGGAUCAAGAAUAUUUAUCACAACAAAAUAGUAGAAUAAAUGAUGAAAAUAUUGAAUAUUACCCUCUUAGUAGUAGUACUCUUCCUUGUAAUAAAAACAAAAAAGAAAGAAAUAAUAUCUGGGAUUUAAAUUGUUUGAAUUCUAAAUAUCAUAUAAAUUAUGAUGAUGUGAGAAAUGACGUUAUUAAAAAUCAAGAACGAGUUGUAACAAUGUGUGAGUUGAAAAAUGUGGAAGAUAGUUUUAAUCAAAAUAAUUGCAAUGAGAUAAAAGAUAUUAAAGGAGAAGGGAAAAUAAGUAAAACCAAUGAAAUAAUUAAAAAAAAUGAAAAAUAUAUUUGUGAUAAUUCCUCAAAUAUUGAAUCAAAUAAGAAUAUUAUUAAUGCAAAAUUGUGUAACGUUAAAAAUUUUGAAAUAAUUAAACAAGGAAACAAAGAUAAUAUAAUAAAUAAAUAUGAUAAUUUUUGUAAUUUUAUAAAAGGGGAAAACUAUAAAGAAAAUGAAGAAAUAAAUAGUAAGCAUAUGAUAGAAGAAUCUAAUAUCCAAAAUAAUAGUAUUAAAAAAACAAAUGCAGAAAACAAAAAAGUAAACAAUUCAACUAAUUUGAGAAUCGGAAUAAAUAUAGACGGGUUAAAGGAAUGUCUAAUUGGGAAUACAAACAAAUUAAAUCAUAAAAAUCAAGAAGAUAUUUUUAAUUCUAUUGGUAAUAUUAGUAAAGAGGAAAAUGAACUAUCUGAAAAAGGUUGUAACACUAAUGAAGUGAAAAAAAAUUCAAUUCUUAAAAUAGAGAAGAAUAGGAUUGAGAAUAGGGUUGAGAAUAGUAUUGAGAAUAACAAUGCAGAAAAUUGUGAUUUAGAAAAUGAACAGGAAAAAAAAAUAAAAAUGAACAAAAAAAAAAACUCAAACAAAGAAAGUAUAAAUUUUAAAGACGAGUUGAGCCCCAAUCAUAUUAUGGAAUUGCUUAAAAUUUUAAAAAAAUUAAAAAAAUCAAAAAUAUAUAAAUUUAGUAUUGAUAAUUUUUUAUUACAAGAAAAUGGAUAUGAAAAAAUUAUAAAAUAUAUAGAAAAAAAUGAAUAUAAAAGAGGAAGCAGUUUGAAUACUUCAGCAUAUGAAAGUGAUAGUAAUAGCAGACUUAACGAUGGGAAAUAUUCUGAAAACGAUUUAUAUAAUAUGGGAAAAAAAAAUAAUGGGGAUAAUAAGCAUGAUAAUUGUUUUGAUGAAGUAUUAAAAUGUAGAAUGAAUAAGUCUAAUUCUAAAUUUGAUAUGAAUAUUGUGAAAUCAUUGGAAACAAUAUAUAAAGUAAAAAAAUGUUUAUAUAGUCUUGGUAUAUCAUUUAAUGAAAUAAUUAAUUUAGAUAAAAUAAAAAGUAUUUUUUGGUAUUUAUAUAUAAAGCAUAAAUUGUCUAAAAAAAUUAGUAUAUCUGAAUUUUGUGAAAUGUUAAACUAUAAGAUAGAUGAAAAUAUGAAUAAAAAUUAUUUUAAAGAAUAUGUAAAUUAUGAAAUAUUUAAAAAACAUAAUAGUGAAAAUUUUGAAAAUUUUGGUAAUAAAAUUCAAAUUUUAGAAAGUUUGUUUUAUUUACUAAAAUCGUAUCCUAUAAAUUAUGAUGAAAAUAAAGGUUGUUUUUAUAUGUUAAAUCCAGAAAAAAAUAAAAUGUAUAAAAAUUAUAAAUAUAAUAUAGAUAGAAAUAAUAUGAACAUUAUAAAAUUAACAAAUGAAGUAACUGAACAUUUUAAAAAUAGUUUUUUUUUUCUUGAUAAAAUAUUUAUACCUAAAGAUGCAUUUUUUUUUGUAAAAGAUUCAGAAGAUGUAGGAAUACGAAACAACAAAAAUAAGCCAGUAUAUGUUCAUCAUGCUUUGGUAAAUGAUUUAAAAGAAGAAAUGACAGAACAAACCGUUUUUGAUAGUUUAUAUUCAUGUGAACCUCCAUAUAAAUCAGAUUAUUAUAGAUAUAUACAAAAAAAAAGAAUACAAAAUAAAAUUCGAAAAUUUAAAGAGUAUAUACUUAAUUAUUAUGAGUUUGAUUCUGUAGAAGACUUUUUUGAAACUUUGCUUGUAUUUGAUGUAGAACAUAAAAAAUUAAUAACCAUGCUAAAUAGUAGUAAAGGUGAUGAUUUUAUGGACCCAUUGAAUAAUAAUUAUAAUAAAUAUGCAAAUUUAUGUUUUAACAUAACCAAAAAUAUAUAUGAACAAUACAGGUUACUAGUAGAUCCAAAUUAUGAUAAUACUUUUAAGAAGGAAAAUGAAAUAAAUAAUUUUGAAAUAAAAGAAAAUGGGUAUAAUGUAGAAUAUUUUAAUUUAGACAGUGCUGAGACUGUAAAAGUUAAAAUGGAAAAUAAAAGAAAAAAUAUAAAAUCGAAUUGGUCAACUAUAGAAUCUCAAAUAGGUACUAUAGAUAGUUGCAACAGUGAUGAACAUAUAGCAAAAACAAAUACUUAUAUUAAUAUUGAUAAGAUGGAUGAAACAAUUGAAGAAAUGUCGAAUAUGUAUGAAGAAUUUUUUAAUUUGGGUAAUACUAGAAAAAAAGUAAAAGAAAUAAAUAUAGAUACAUUUAAAAUGUUUGUUGAAAAUUUAGGAAAAUUAAAAGGGUUUCCAAAUUUUGCAUCCAUUAAUGAAUGUUUUCUUGGUAUAUGUUUUUGUGACCCAGAUUUACCUAAACAUAUAUUUAAUCAAAAAAAUAUAUUACCAAAAAAUAUGAACUUUAAUGGUUUUAUGAAUUGUAUGAGAUAUAUACCAUAUGUUAUUCCUGAUUUCCCAUUACCAACAAGCUAUUUUAAAAAUAAAUAUAAUAACGUGGAUAUAUUUAAUUCAAGAAAUCAAUUUUUAAAUAUAUUAAAAUAUAAAGGGUGUAAAAAAGAAACUAUAUAUUUAAGAAAUCAAAUAGUAUUAGAUAUUAUAAAAUUAUUUGUUUUAAUAUCUUGGAAUUUUGGUGUUAAUACUGGAGAAUUUAAUGAAGCAGUUGGUUUGACACAAAAUAAGUUAGUUGAUAUGGUUAGCUCAUCUUAUUACAUGAAUUACAAGUACUCUUUGAAAAAAAAUAAAAAUAAAAAUAAUAACGGAGAAAAAACAACCUCAGAAAGCGACAUAGACAGUUCGUUUACUACUAGUAGUAAUGAAAGUAUUAUGGAAAAUGAACAAGGCGAAAAAAUGCAUAACAAUAUUUGCAAUUUAUUUGAUGUAAAAGGUAAGAAAACAAAAAAAACAAAAAAUUCGAAACAUAGUAGCUAUAUAGAAAGAGGAAAUGAUAACAGUGGAAAUAAAUAUAUAGAAAAUGGGAAUACAAAAAAUAAUAAAAACCCUUCUGAUUACAUAAAAAAUUCGAAUGAAUACAAUGUAUUAUUUGAAGAAUUAUUAAAAAAAGGGGGAAAGAAAAAAAUGACAUAUAAAGUAGUACCAAAAUGGCAUGUAUCGAAUGAUAUAUUUUUAUCACGACUAAUAUCAUAUGAUGAAAUACAGAUAGGUUUAUAUGAAUUAUAUCCAUUAUUUAUGAUACAGACAUCUCUAAUUUAUAUGAUUCAUAUAUCAUGUUGUAUGAUAACAGAUGAUGAAUGGAAAUAUUUCUUUGAAGACGGUUUUACAUUAUAUAAUAAAUUGGUACCUGAAGAAAUAGCUAUGAGAUAUAUUAAAAAUAAGGGAUGUAAAUUUUAUAAAUUAAAAAAUGUGCAACUAAGUGAAUCUAUUGAUAUACAUAAUGCUUUUAUGAAGAUACCAGAAAAUAUGAAGUGCCCAGAAGUGCGUAAAUUAGCUAUAAAUGGGGAAAAUACAGCUAGCGGUUAUUUAGCUGAGCCUUUUGAUAUUUAUCAUUUAAUGUUUAUUUCGAAAAUUUUUUGGUAUAUUUUUACUUACUCUGAUAACUUUCUUAUUUUAAGAUCUGCAUUGUUAAGAAAUUGUAGUAAUAUAAAAAAAUAG